AUGAGUGGCAACUUGCUUGAGGGUCUUCCCUCCGGGGCUCCACGAGCUGCUUCGAGAAAACUCCGCUAUGCCGAUGUGGCGGUCACAGCAACAGCCAAGGAAUUCGCUGGGAUAUAUCGAGGCAAGAAACAACAUGAGUCCGACAUACCAGCCAUGCUUGGUCGAGCCCUCGUCGCAGGUUGCGAGAAGAUUAUGCUGACCGGCAUGUCGCUCCAUGACGUUGACUUUAAUCUCGAAAUAGCCAAGUCUCACCAGGGUCAAUGUUUUAUUACUGUCGGCUGUCAUCCAUACCAUGCGAAGGAAGUAGAGGGCGAGGAUGGAUAUCUCGAUAAACUCAGCACCAGGAUACAAGAGUUGCUGGCGAUGCAACCCUGCCCGCUGGCGGCAUUUGGAGAACUCGGGCUUGAUUACGAUCAUCUUGACUAUGCCAGUAAGGAAGUGCAGCAGCGUGCAUUUCGCUUGCAGCUUGAUCUUGCCGUGAAGUUCGACCUACCCCUGUUCUUGCACUGCCGGUCUGCCUUUGCCGAUUUCCGGGACAUCUUAGCACCUUACAUGCCCCGACUCCAGCGCAAGGGCCUUGUACACUCCUUUGUCGGCUCCGAGGCGGAGAUGAUAGCCUUGAUUGAUCUUGGUCUUCACAUUAGCGUGAAUGGUUUCACUUUCAAGACCAAUGAAUCUUUGAGAAUGGUGGCCUCAAUCCCGCUUGGGUGUCUCCAUAUCGAGACGGAUGCGCCGUGGGGAAUCAUUCAGCCGUCAAGUGACGUCGCGAAGAGGUAUCUGGUCCACGCGCCCGAGGCCCCAUCAAGUAAGAAGAGAGACAAGUUUGAGAUGGGCUACAUGGUGAAAGAUAGAUUUGAAAGCUGCCUCAUUGAGAGAGUUGCCCUUAUCGUUGCGGGUCUGAAGGGCUUGACUGUGGACGAAGUUGCGGACAAUGCUUGGCGCAACAGCACUUCAAUGUUCAGACUCGAUAAAGAGUCCGAUUAG